GCUCCAGAGUGCAUUGGUACCAAUGCCGGGCUCUUCAGAGUUGGCCUGUGAAAACCCGGGGAUUGCCCCACAGAAGGAGAAGGCCCCAAGUUGGAGAGCAUGAGCUGUGGGGUCUGAAGACUGUCAGAGGGGCCUUGGGUUUGUUUGGGGAGUCUAGGAGAGUCGAACUCAUGUUUGGCCCCCCAAGUUUUCCAAGUCUCUUCAGAGUAAAGUUUUCGGGGUUGUGCUCUGCCUUUUGUUUUUUCUUUUCUCGGGGCGGCUGGAAAGGGGCGGGCAGAAUGACUCUUCAGGAAGUGGGUGAGGUUGGCUUGUUGGGCUUGCCUUGCUUUCUUUGACCUCAGCCUACUGCCCCUACCUGGAGUCGGAGGGCAUAUGUGGGUACCUGGGGAUGCUGACCGUUUCAGACACCCUGCCCAGCCAGUGCAGUUUUGGUGGACGGACGAUGAAGCCGGUGAAGAAGGCGUGCCCUGGCCUCGCAGGUUCUGCCAGCGGCAGCAGGUCCCCACCAGCCACCAGGGCCAAGGCUGUGAGGCGGCAAGGGGCCAGGGAAGGAGACAAGCCCGAGGAGGACGAUGAGGAAGCGCAGCCGCAGGAGCACGCAGGGCCAGAAGAGGCUGAGGAGGGUGAGGAAGAGGAGGCCGAGCAGGACCCUGGAGCUGAGGAGCCACCUCCAGACCUGCAGCCCAGCGACCUGACUGCAGGCUUAGCCGAGGACCCCAAAGGGGAUGGGGAGGCCGGCCGCUGGGAGCCCUCGCUCAGCCGCAAGACGGCCACCUUCAAGUCUCGGGCCCCCAAGAAGAAGUAUGUGGAGGAGCACGGUGCUGUGGGGGCCCCAGAAGAGCGGGAGCGGACCCCUGAGGACCCCACUGCCCUGAGCGCGCCCCCGCGGCCACCCACCUCUGCGCGCUCCUCCUCGACGGACACGGCCAGUGAGCACUCCGCUGACCUGGAGGAUGAGCCAGCCGAGGCUCCAGGCCCCUGGCCCUCUGCUGGCGCCAGCGGUGGCUAUGACCUGCGGCAGCUGAGGUCCCAGCGGGUGCUGGCCCGGCGCGGUGACGGCCUCUUCCUGCCUGCUGUGGUGCGCCAGGUGCGCCGAAGCCACGACCUGGGCGUGCAGUUUCCCGGGGACCGGGCCUUGACUUUCUAUGAGGGGGCGCCGGGCGGUGCUGUGGACGUAGUUUUAGAUGCCACGCCACCGCCGGGUGCGCUGAUGGUGGGCACAGCUGUCUGCACCUGUGUGGAGCCUGGCGUGGCUGCCUACCGCGAGGGCGUCGUGGUGGAGGUGGCUUCCAAGCCAGCCGCCUAUAAGGUCCGCCUGAGCCCCCCAGCCCCCCUGCCGCAGGCCCCGCAGCCACUGCACCGUGAGCCCGAGGAAGCCGUGUGGGUCACCCGCUCCAGCCUGCGCCUGCUUCGCCCGCCCUGGGAACCUGAGGCCUUGCUGAGAAGGCACCCUCCAGGCCCAGAGGAAGAGGCGGCCGAGCCGGGGGCCGCCAUGCCCGUUGGCCCUUCCUCCUUGGAGCCCAAGCAGCCAGAGGACGCUGAGGUCUCCAACAUUAGCUUUGGUAGCACCCUGGGGAGUCGCUGUGAGGAGGGGGAGAAGCACCCCCCAGUCCUGGGCGCACCGGUCCUGCUCCCCCUGCCCCCGCCCCAGCUCCUGUCGCCGCCCCCGAAGUCCCCCGCCUUCGCCGGCCCCGGGCGCCCCGGAGAGCAGCCUUCGCCCUGCCAGGAGGGCAGCCAGGGCGGCAGCCGGAGCAGCAGCGUGGCGUCGCUGGAGAAGGGCGCCGCCCCGGCCGCGCGCGCCCGCACGCCGCUCACCGCCGCGCAGCAGAAGUACAAGAAGGGCGACGUGGUGUGCACGCCCAACGGCAUCCGGAAGAAGUUCAACGGCAAGCAGUGGCGCCGCCUGUGCUCCCGCGACGGCUGCAUGAAGGAGUCGCAGCGGCGGGGCUACUGCUCGCGCCACCUGUCCAUGAGGACCAAAGAGAUGGAGGGCCUGGCGGACGGCGCAGGCGGCGCGGGGCGGGCGGCCGGCGGGGCGGCCCGCGAGGGCAGCGCCGAGUUCGACUGGGGCGACGAGACGUCGAGGGACAGCGAGGCCAGCAGCGUGGCGGCCCGCGGCGACUCCCGCCCGCGCCUGCUGGCCCCCGCCGACCUGUCGCGCUUCGAGUUCGACGAGUGCGAGGCGGCGGUGAUGCUGGUGUCGCUCGGCAGCUCCCGCUCGGGCACGCCGUCCUUCUCGCCCGUGUCCACGCAGUCACCCUUCUCGCCCGCGCCCUCGCCCUCGCCCUCGCCGCUCUUCGGCUUCCGCCCCGCCAACUUCAGCCCCAUCAACGCGUCGCCCGUCAUCCAGCGCUCGGCCGUGCGCAGCCGCCACCUGAGCGCCAGCACCCCGAAGGCCGGCGUGCUCACCCCGCCGGACCUGGGCGCCCACCCGCCGCCGCCCGGGCCCCGCGAGCGCCACUCCUCCGGCAUCCUGCCCACUUUCCAGACCAACCUCACCUUCACCGUCCCCAUCAGCCCCGGGCGCAGGAAGGCCGAGCUGCUGCCCCACCCGGGCGCCUUGGGGGCCCCGGGGCCCGGCGGGGGCGCGGCCGCCGCCGCCGCGGACUUCCCCAAGAGCGAUGGCCUGGACGCCGGCGUGGACUCGGUGUCCCACACGCCCACCCCCUCCACGCCCGCCGGCUUCCGCGCCGUGUCGCCCGCCGUGCCCUUCUCCCGCUCCCGCCAGCCCUCGCCGCUGCUGCUGCUGCCCCCGCCCGCCGGCCUCACCUCGGACCCCGGGCCCUCCGUGCGGAGGGUGCCCGCCGUGCAGCGGGACUCGCCUGUCAUCGUCCGCAACCCCGACGUGCCGCUGCCCUCCAAGUUCCCCGGAGACGUGGGCGCUGCCGGCGAGGCCCGGGCCGCGGGCCCUGGCAGGGGCUGCCGCGAGACCCCCGUGCCCCCCGGGGCGGCCAGCGGGAAGCCUGGCCUGCCCCCACCGCUGCCUGCCCCCGUGCCCAUCACUGUGCCUCCAGCCGCCCCGACUGCUGUGGCCCAGCCCGUGCCCACCUUGGGCCUGGCUUCUUCGCCCUUCCAGCCCGUGGCCUUCCACCCUUCACCGGCCGCCCUGUUGCCAGUCCUCGUGCCGAGCAGCUACCCGAGCCACCCCGCCCCCAGGAAGGAGGUCAUCAUGGGCAGGCCCGGGACAGUGUGGACAAAUGUGGAACCUCGUUCUGUGGCCGUGUUCCCCUGGCACUCCUUGGUCCCCUUCCUGGCACCCAGCCAGCCCGACCCCUCUGUGCAGCCUAGUGAAGCCCAGCAACCUGCCAGCCACCCUGUGUCCGCCAACCAGAGCAAAGAACCUGCUGAAUCGGCUGCUGUUGCUCAUGAGCAGCCACCAGGAGGGACGGGGGGUGCUGACCCUGGGCGGCCCCCUGGAGCCGCCUGCCCUGAAAGCCCAGGGCCUGGACCUCCACUCCCUUUGGGUGUUGUGGAUCCUGGUAAAAGUCUCCCUCCCGCCACUGAGGAGGAGGCUCCUGGCCCUCCGGGAGAGCCCCGGCUGGACAGCGAGACUGAGAGCGAUCAUGACGAUGCCUUCCUCUCCAUCAUGUCUCCUGAGAUUCAGCUGCCUCUGCCCCCCGGAAAGCGCCGCACCCAGUCCCUGAGUGCCCUGCCCAAGGAGCGCGACUCGUCUUCCGAGAAGGAUGGACGAAGCCCUAACAAGCGGGAGAAGGACCACAUCCGUCGGCCCAUGAACGCCUUUAUGAUCUUCAGCAAGCGGCACCGGGCCUUGGUCCACCAGCGGCACCCCAAUCAGGACAACCGCACCGUCAGCAAGAUCCUGGGGGAGUGGUGGUAUGCCCUGGGGCCCAAGGAGAAGCAGAAGUACCACGACCUGGCCUUCCAGGUGAAAGAGGCCCACUUCAAGGCCCACCCAGAUUGGAAGUGGUGCAACAAGGACCGAAAGAAAUCCAGCUCAGAGGCCAAGCCCGCGAGCCUGGGGCUGGCCGGAGGGCACAAGGAGCCGCGGGAACGGAGCAUGUCGGAGACGGGGACUGCGGCCGCCCCUGGGGUGUCUUCUGAGCUCCUGUCGGUCACAGCCCAGACACUCCUGAGCUCGGACACCAAGGCUCCAGGGAGCGGCCCCUGUGGAGCAGAGCGGCUGCACGCCAUUGGGGGUCCUGGCUCAGCCCGACCCAGAGCCUUCUCCCACAGCGGGGUGCACAGUCUUGACGGAGGGGAGGCGGACAGCCAGGCACUGCAAGAGCUGACCCAGAUGGUUUCUGGCCCCGCGUCAUACUCCGGCCCAAAGCCUUCCCCCCAGUAUGGCGCGCCAGGAUCUUUUGCAGCCCCUGGUGAAGGAGGCACCUUGGCCACUGGUGGGCGGCCCCCUCUGUUGGCCUCCCGAGCCUCCCGCUCCCAGCGCGCAGCCAGUGAGGACAUGACCAGCGAUGAGGAGCGUAUGGUCAUCUGCGAGGAGGAGGGCGACGAUGACGUCAUCGCGGAUGACAGCUUUGGCACCACUGACAUUGAUCUGAAGUGCAAGGAACGGGUGACUGACAGUGAGAGUGGAGACAGCUCUGGGGAGGACCCAGAGGGCAGCAAGGUGAGGAUCGCCGAGCUGCGGCCUGCCACUGCCGAGAGACAGUGCUGCCGGACUGUUGAUGCGGGAGAGCUGGCUCUGGAGAAGGGCUUCGGCCGGAAGGUGUUCUCGCCCGUCAUCCGAUCCUCCUUUACCCAUUGCCGUCCCACCCUGGACCCUGAGCCUCCGGGGCCCUUGGAUCCUCCCGUCGCCUUCAGCAAAGGCUAUGGCCCCACCCCAUCCUCCUCCUCACCGGCCUCCACCUCCGCCUCCGUCUCCACCUCCGCCUCCUUUUCACUGGGCUCUGGGACCUUUAAGACCCAGGAUUCUGGUCAGGGCUGCACCGCGGUCCCACUACGGCCCCCACCUCCUGGAGGUGGGGGCCCAGCCACACCCUCCAAGGCCUCUCGGUUUCUCCCCACGGACCCUGCCGCCUUCCGGCGCAAGAGGCCUGAAAGUGUCGGGAGCCUGGAGGUGCCGGGCCCCUCCGUCAUUGCAGCACCUCCCAGUGGGGCAGGAAGCAUUCUGCAGACGCUGGUCCUGCCUCCCAGCAAGGAGGAGCGGGAGGGCAGAGUGCCCUCAGCCCCCGCCCCGCCACUGGCCUACGGGGCUCCAGCAGCCCCUCUGCCCCGCCCUGCCGCCACCAUGGUCACCAACGUGGUGCGGCCUGUCAGCAGCACUCCCGUGCCCAUUGCCUCUAAGCCCUUUCCCGCCCCCGGCCGGGCUGAGGCAUCUUCCAGUGACUCAGUAGGUGCCAGGACUGAAGUGGGCACUGGGUCCCGGGUGCCUGGGGGCUCCCCUCUGGGUGUCAGUUUAGUGUAUCCGGAUAAGAGGUCAGCAGCAGCCACCUCGCCAGCGCCACACCUGGUAGCUGGACCCCUGUUGGGCGCUGUGGGGAAGGCACCCGCUACUGUCACCAACCUGCUGGUGGGCACCCCAGGCUACGGGGCUCCCGCAUCCCCUGCCGUUCAGUUCAUUGCCCAGGGAGCCCCAGGCAGUGCGACCCCUGCAGGCUCAGGAGCAAGUGCUGGGAGUGGCCCCAAUGGACCCGUGCCCCUGGGCAUCCUGCAGCCAGGUGCCCUAGGCAAGGCUGGGGGAAUCACCCAGGUGCAGUACAUCCUGCCCACCCUGCCCCAGCAGCUGCAGGUGGCACCUGCCCCAGCACAGGCCCCUGGGGCCAAGGCAGCGGCUCCCAGCGGCCCCCCGCCCACCACCAGCCUCCGCUUCACCCUCCCUCCCGGCACCUCCACCAACGGCAAGGUCCUGGCUGCCACUGCACCCACUGCUGGCAUCCCUAUCCUGCAGUCCGUCCCCUCGGCCCCACCCGCUAAAGCCCAGUCAGUUUCCCCUGUCCAGGCCACACCUUCAGGUGGCUCCGCCCAGCUGCUGCCUGGGAAGGUGCUAGUCCCCCUGGCCGCCCCUAGCGUGUCCGUUCGAGGGGGAGGGGCUGGCCAGCCGCUGCCCCUGGUCAGCUCGCCUUUCUCAGUACCUGUCCAAAACGGUGCCCAGCAACCUAGCAAGAUCAUCCAGCUGACUCCCGUGCCUGUGAGCGCACCUGGUGGCCUGGUGCCGCCCCUGAGCCCAGCCACGAUGUCGGGACCCACGUCGCAGCCUCAGAAGGUCCUGCUGCCCUCUUCCACAAGAAUCACCUAUGUGCAGUCAGCGGGUGGGCACACCCUGCCCUUGGGCACUAGCCCUACCUGCAGCCAGGCUGGAACAGUGACCUCCUACGGGCCCACCAGCUCUGUGGCCCUGGGCUUCACGUCUCUGGGGCCCAGCGGCCCCGCCUUCGUGCAGCCCCUGCUCUCAGGCCAAGCCCCGUUGCUGGCUCCUGGCCAGGUGGGCGUGUCACCUGUGCCCAGCCCCCAGCUGCCUCCUGCCUGCACAGCCCCUGGAGGCCCUGUCAUAACAGCGUUCUACCCCGGCAGCCCUGCACCCACUUCAGCACCUCUGGGCCCCCCUUCCCAAGCUCCGCCAAGUCUGGUCUAUACUGUGGCCACCAGCACCACCCCACCCGCCGCUACCAUUCUGCCCAAGGGCCCACCAGCCUCUGCCACUGCCACUCCAGCCCCAACUAGCCCUUUCCCCACUGCUGCAGCAGGCUCCAUGACCUACAGCUUAGUGGCGCCCAAGGCCCAGCGGCCCAGCCCAAAGGCCCCCCAGAAAGUGAAGGCAGCCAUAGCCAGCAUCCCUGUGGGGUCUUUUGAAUCGGGCUCCACUGGUCGGCCCGGACCUCCGUCCCGACAGUCUCUGGACUCUGGCACAGCCCGAGAGCCAGCUGCCCUAGAAUCAGAGCUUGAGGGGCAGCCCACCCCCCCAGCCCCGCCACCUCCCCCAGAGACCUGGCCUCCAUCUGCCCGGAGCAGCCCCCCUCCUCCCCUGCCUGCUGAGGAGCGACCUGGCGGCAAAGGCCCCGAGACCGCCAGCAAGUUCCCGGGCUCCUCUUCAGACUGGCGAGUCCCUGGGCUGGGCCUGGAGAGCCGUGGGGAGCCCCCCACUCCCCCAAGCCCGGCCCCGGCCACAGGCCCUAGUGGAAGCAGCAGUGGCGGCAGUGAGGGCAGUAGUGGGAGGGUGGCCGGGGACACACCUGAGCGCAAGGAAGCCGCCAAUUCUGGCAAGAAGAUGAAGGUGCGGCCCCCGCCCCUGAAGAAGACCUUUGACUCUGUGGACAACAGGGUCCUGUCGGAAGUGGACUUUGAAGAGCGCUUUGCCGAGCUGCCCGAGUUUCGCCCAGAAGAGGUGCUGCCUUCCCCCACGCUGCAGUCCCUGGCCACCUCGCCCCGGGCCAUCCUGGGCUCCUACCGCAAGAAGAGGAAGAACUCCACCGACCUGGACUCGGCGCCCGAGGACCCCACCUCACCCAAGCGCAAGAUGAGGAGACGAUCGAGCUGCAGCUCGGAGCCCAACACCCCCAAGAGUGCCAAGUGCGAGGGGGACAUCUUCACCUUUGACCGCACAGGUACCGACGCGGAGGACGUGCUGGGGGAGCUGGAGUACGACAAAGUGCCCUACUCGUCGCUGCGGCGCACGCUGGACCAGCGCCGGGCCCUGGUCAUGCAGCUCUUCCAGGACCACGGCUUCUUCCCCUCAGCCCAGGCCACAGCGGCCUUCCAGGCCCGCUACGCGGACAUCUUCCCGUCCAAGGUGUGUCUGCAGCUGAAGAUCCGGGAGGUCCGCCAGAAGAUCAUGCAGGCCGCCACUCCCACCGAGCAGCCCCCCGGGGCUGAGGCCCCCCUCCCCGGACCGCCCCCGGCUGGCAUGGCUGCUACUCCCGUCCCCACGCCCAGCCCCGCCGGGGGUCCCGACCCCACCUCUCCAGGCUCGGACUCUGGCACUGCCCAAGCUGCUCCGCCACUGCCUCCACCGCCAGAGCCUGGGCAGCCUGGCUGGGAGGGGCCCCCCCAGGCCUCACCUCCGCCCUCCGGCCCCUCCACAGCUGCCACGGGCAGGUGAGGGGCCCUGGAGAAGAUCCCGGACCCACAGCACCCCCUCAGGAUGUGGACAGUUUGCAGAUGGCAGGAAGUGGGGGCCAGCAGUGGGACAGUGACCUCCUCCCCAGGAAGCCCUGUCGUCCUUUCCGGUUGGGCACGGAAUGCGGCCUGUCCCCUUGUAUAUAUUCCCGCCCCGUGGUGGGGGCCGCAGGGGCAGACACCCUCCACUGCGCUCCCGCACAGGACUGAGGCGUGAGCCCUUCAGAGCUUUUCACUUGUACUUUACACAGAGUGGCUCCUGUGAGGGCUGCAGGCUGGAGGGGAGUGUGAGCCUUGGCCACAGGGAGAUGCCUGUGGAGUGGUGGGGAGUUCACACACCCCACCUUUUCCCCAGAGGGGCUGGACUCAGGUUAGUUUGGGGUGGGGCACUCUCCCACCCUCUGCCCUCCCAACUUGGGUUGUACUUUCUAAGAAGGUGAUUUCCCUACGUCGUCCCCAUUCCCAGAACAACAUGUUGAUCAUGUGCAAUAUUUCUUACUGUGCCGAGAAGCCGCAAUGACCGAGAUUAAAGCUGUUUAACACA